AAUAAUGUACGAAACGUCAACUCUUGAUGCAUGACUGCUUUUUGCUGAUGACAAAAACGGGACUGAAAGUUAACAGAUUCGAGGUGGCCCUCCUAUUCCGUGAUUGAAUUGUCGAAAGUAUUGGGUAAAAAUGGAAACAGAUUUCGAACCCCUGGAUCCCAGCUUGGAGAACAUCAUCGACCAGGAAACACUCAAGUGGAUCUUUGUCGGUGGAAAGGGUGGUGUUGGCAAAACAACUUGCAGUUGUAGUCUGGCAGUUCAGCUGGCUAAGGUCCGCGAGUCGGUUUUGAUUAUCUCCACCGAUCCGGCUCACAACAUUUCCGAUGCAUUCGAUCAAAAGUUUACUAAAGUACCGAGUAAAGUUAACGGUUUCGAUAAUCUGUUUGCAAUGGAGAUUGACCCGAACGUGGGUCUGAACGAGCUGCCGGAUGAGUAUUUCGAGGGAGAAAACUCGGCGAUGAAGCUGAGCAAAGGAGUUUUUCAGGAGGUUAUCGGAGCGCUUCCCGGGAUUGAUGAGGCAAUGAGUUACGCGGAAGUUAUGAAAUUAGUCAAAGCUAUGAACUUUUCUGUGGUGGUGUUUGAUACGGCACCAACAGGACACACGCUGAGACUGCUCUCGUUCCCUCAAGUCGUUGAGAAGGGAUUGGGCAAGUUGCUAAGAUUGAAAAUGAAGCUUGCACCGUUCAUCUCGCAGGUGGGAUCACUCUUCGGGAUGCAGGAUUUCAAUGCGGAUACUCUAACUAGCAAACUGGAAGAGAUGCUCACAAUCAUUCGACAGGUUAACGAACAGUUUCGAAAUCCAGAUCAAACUACAUUCGUGUGCGUGUGCAUCGCCGAGUUCCUUUCGUUGUACGAAACGGAAAGGUUAGUGCAAGAGCUGACCAAGUGCGGAAUCGACACUCACAAUAUCAUCGUCAAUCAGUUGCUGUUUCGUCGUGAAGGCCAGGAACCAUGCACUAUGUGUUCCGCCAGGUACAAGGUUCAGGAAAAAUAUCUAGAUCAAAUAGCAGAUCUGUAUGAAGAUUUCCACGUUGUAAAGUUGCCACUGCUGGAUAGUGAGGUGCGUGGGGUGGAAAAUGUAAAGGUAUUUUCCGAGAACCUGAUCAAACCAUACUGUCCGAAUGGGCCGAAACAAGGGGAAUAGUGCUGAAAAUUAGUUGAAUGUUAGGAAUGAAUGGGAACGGACGAAGGGUCACCUAUAUGUUUCGAUUAUUCGCAUAAUAAAAUUAGUUGGUUGUUUUCUCUUUCCAAAA